AGGGCAGCGGAGGGGGCUGCCAUAUAGUGAGCCGUAGGCGCCGGCGGUGAAGGGAAGAAGCCCGGAUGAGGCUUCCUGCCAGAAAUUGAGGCGACUCCUCUUAACCCCGCCUCCGGGUGGCUUGUCUCCGGCCCGCCCCUCCUUCCCUGUAGGAGGUGCUGCAGCUCCUGCGAGCCAGCUAGAGCAGCGGAGGCAGCAAGAGGGAAACACAAAGGCGCGCUUGCUGUUGAGGUGAAGAGAGUAAUCCAUAUUGAAGUAUGAGCGCCGAUAUGAGCCAGGAAGUAAUCACAACCCCUCCACCUCCUAGCAUGCCUCACAAGGAGAGAUAUUUUGAUCGCAUCAAUGAAAAUGACCCUGACUAUAUCCGUGAAAGAAACAUGUCUCCUGACCUCAGGCAAGACUUCAAUAUGAUGGAACAAAGGAAGAGAGUCACCCAGAUACUGCAGAGUCCUGCUUUUCGGGAAGACCUGGAAUCUCUUAUACAUGAACAGAUGAAGAAAGGCAAUAAUCCAACUGGACUGCUUGCAUUACAACAGAUUGCUGACUACAUUAUGGCAAGUUCUUUUGCAGGGUUUUCUUCAUCUCCCUUAAGUCUUGGAAUGGUUACACCCAUCAAUGACUUACCUGGGAUAGAUACCGCUGCAUUCGUGAAGGGUGAAAAACUUACUCGUUGUAAAUUAGCCAGCUUGUAUAGGCUGACUGAUUUAUUUGGAUGGGCACACUUGGCUAAUUCAUAUAUCACAGUAAGAGUCAACAAAGAACAUGAUCACAUUCUUAUCAUUCCAAAGGGCCUGUCGUUUUCUGAAGCUUCUGCCUCCAAUUUGGUAAAAGUAAAUAUCAUAGGAGAUGUAGUUGACCAGGGGAGCACCAACCUAAGCAUUGACAGUACAGGAUUCAGUCCUCAUGCAGCCAUCUACUCCAUGCGUCCUGAUGUUCGAUGUGUGAUACACGUACACACUCCAGCAACAGCAGCUGUGUCUUCUAUGAAAUGUGGCAUCCUUCCUAUUUCUCAGGAGGCUCUGAUUUUAGGAGAUGUUGCCUAUUACAAUUACCAAGGCUCUCUGGAUGAGCAGGAAGAGAGAAUUCAACUCCAAAAAGUUCUUGGACCAAGCUGUAAAGUGCUGGUCUUGAGAAACCAUGGAGUAGUAGCACUAGGAGAGACAUUAGAGGAAGCCUUCCACUACAUCUACAAUGUACAAAUAGCUUGUGAAACUCAGGUCCAUGCCAUGGCGGGAGCAGGUGGUGUAGACAAUCUCCUUAUCCUAGACUUACAGAAGUAUAAACCUUUCACGCACCAUGUGGCAGCAACUGGAGGAGGAGGAGUUAAUAUGGCUUCUCAGUUCAAAUGGAAAGUUGGAGAACAAGAGUUUGAAGCACUAAUGAGGAUGCUGGACAACCUGGGUUACAGAACUGGCUAUGCUUAUCGGCAGCCUCUAGUGCGGGAGAAACCCAGACACAAGAGUGAUGUUGAGAUCCCAGCCACCGUGACUGCCUUUUCCUUUGAGGAUGAUUCAGUUCCCAUUUCCCCUCUCAAAUUCCUAGCACAGAAACAGCAGCGGGAGAAGACAAGAUGGUUGAACUCCCCAAACUCAUAUUUGAAAGUGGAUGUUCCUGAAGAAUCCCGAAACGGAGAAACCAGUCCCCGGACUAAAACCACAUGGAUAAAAGCUGAAGAUUCAUCUAAGGUUAGUGGAGGAACUCCAAUAAAAAUAGAAGAUCCAAACCAGUUUGUUCCUAUGAAUACAAAUCCAAGUGAUGUGCUGGAAAAGAGGAAUAAGAUUCGAGAGCAAAACCGGUAUGACUUAAAGACUGCAGGACCACAGUCUCAGUUGCUUGCUGGAAUUGUGGUGGAUAAGAAGCCAAGUACUCCCACGCAAUUUGAAGAAGAUGAGCAUGCCCCACCUGCCCCUCCCAAUCCAUUCAGCCAUCUCACCGAAAAAGAACUGGAAGAAUACAAGCGAACAAUCGAACGCAAGCAACAAGGAGUUGACGAUGCUGAUCAGGAAUUAUUGUCAGAUGAUGGGUCAUCUGUUUCACAAAUACACUCUCAAACUCAGUCCCCGCAAAAUGUCCCUGACAAAUUAGAAGAAAAUCAUUAUGAUUACCUUCAGGAUUCUACCCUCAUCUCUCUGGAUGUCCCAGGUGUGGUGAUGAAUGGCAAGGAAGAUGAACAUGAUGUGGAAGAGGAUCUAGCGCAGAGAGUCAGCCAGUUAACCACUAGUACUGUAGAGAAUGUCGAGAUUACUAUUAAAACUUCUGAAAAGAUUGAGGAGGCACUUUCCCCUGAGGGAUCUCCUUCCAAAUCGCCAUCGAAGAAAAAGAAGAAAUUCCGUACUCCAUCUUUCCUGAAAAAGAGCAAAAAGAAGGAAAAAGCAGAAGCCUAAGUACAGCUCACUCUAAGGCUACAUUGCACAUUUCAAACCCAUGUUUUAAUCAGCCAUUAACAUGGCCAGUUUAGGUAGGGUUGUGUAGUAAACUGGGCCUUAACCUAAGAACAGAACUGGAAGAAACUAGAGACCACUUUAUGUCAAUUGAGCCAAGAAUUCAUCUCUCAAUUAGUAUGAAUAAAAUCACUUUGAGGGUUUGAAAUACUGAAUAUUCUACCAUAAAAUGACAUUGUCAGAGGUUCUAGUACAGCACUAUCAUAAUACAAAGUCCUUUGCAAGUAGCAAGUUACUCCUAGAAAUUUUUCGGGAGUAGAAAAUCUUCAGUACAGCUUCACUAAGGUAGCUGUUGAGUUAUCAUAUAAUGUUUGUUUAAUCUAUUGCCUCGUUGAGUUAAUUGGGCAAUACUUCUUGGUAUUGUGAUUUUUGACCAUAGCAUUUGUUUUGGCCCCACUGUGGUCACUUCUUACCACACCUUGUCAAGAGUUGGUCGUCUAUAAUUAUUAUACACUGGCACAUAAUAUUAGAGCUGGGAAAUUGUAAAAGGAAUUGCAUUUGGAAUUUUACAGAUUGCAUUCAUCACCAAUAACUUUUGCCAAAUACUUCAUUUUAGUAAGGUAUAAUUUUUGAAAACUUUUUUUAUUCUAUCAGUUGGGGGGGCAGAGAGAAAGCCCUUAUUUUUCAAUAAAGGGGUUUUUAUAUGCUUAACAUUGAUAACUUAGUUUAACUAUGGCAAAACAGAAAAAGAAUUUUAUAUGUCAAAACUUUUGUAUACCACUCAGUAUAAAGUAUUAUAGGCAUGUAAACCAAGUAUUUUAACAAUAGAGAUUAUUAAGAAUGCUUGGUUGUAGAGUAUACUUAAAUAUAAUUCAGGAAUCCAGAAGCUCAGAUACCUGAUGUGGAGAACAUAAGUAUAACUGGAUUCAGGUUUAAAUCUUACUCUAUAUUUUUUUCCUUGUGGUAUUGCUAUUGAAUGAAGAAAAAUAAUCUUGUUAACAUGGGGCCUUUUCAGGAGAUCAGUUCAAAGCAUGUUCCAGCUGCAUUUUAGCCUUGGUGGGCUGUUCAGUUAAUUCAGCUAUAAAGCCCCAAGGCAAAGGCUUGAGGGACUAGCUAGCCAGAGCUGAAAUCAACAAGGCGGCAGGGGACCGGGGGGGGGGGGGGGGUUGUUACACCCUUUGCUUUAUUGUUCCAGUUCAGCUCCCAUGUGAUUUCCCUCUUUGGAAGCUGAGUGCUGGCACAGCUUGGCAAAGCAUGGAGGGAGUACUUUUGCUGCUGUUCAUCAAUUCUAUUGCAGGCAGUACCUGUGCCUGUGACAUUUAUGCAACCACAUUCCAGACAACCACUCCACAUUGCAGUGGCCCCUGUAACUUUGGAAUGAAUUAUGCAGUCCCAGAGACUCAGUGUUGUCAUUACAGUGGAGGGAGGAUACAAUAUACCCACAACAGAAGUGCUUCCUGGAGGAUUGAAGUCUGGAUCCAGUGCAGCAGGAUGCAUUGCACUAUAAACUUAUCACCUGGAAAGGCCCACAAUCAAAUGAAGGAGACAAAACUGCAAAAGGGAAAGUGAAAUGGAAAGAAAAAGGGGUGGAGAUAAAGGCUGUAAUAGUGUGCGGGUUAUUUUUCAUAAAAUAUAUGGUAUGGAUUUGGGGUAUUUUUAUUAAAUCAAUGGAACAACAGUUUCAUAUUUAAAAUUAUAAAAGUGAUGUAUAAGAUUUCACAUGGAGUACCACAAUGCCUCCCCCCCUUAAUUGAUUUUAAUAAGAUUGUUUUGCUUUCUUGAUGAACCUUAGAACCAAUUCUGCUUGCACUGUAAGUGCUGAUCCUGCCAUUUUCUCCUUUUUUGAUGGUAAUUUUUGAUUUGGGCUUUUAAAAAAUAAACCUGUAAAUAUGCGCUAAACAAGGAAAUUAACCUAGGGCCUUUAUACGUCAUUAGCCACAAGAGCAAAUACACAUUGAAUAUCAAUGUGACUUCCAAAUUGCCAAGUGAAAUAUAUACCGUAUAUAGAUUGUUAAAUAUGGCUCGGGCGUGGUUUGGCAUGCAAAAAUUGACUAUAGCAUGUUACAGGGCUGGUUAGCUUUGACUGUGUAAGUGUGACAAUGCAGCGCUGGAGUGAUUCUGGAAAUGAUAUUCUAGAUAUCUCAAAAUACUGGAAUCAGUGUGUUCUUUUUUUAAAAAAAACAGUGGAAGUUGCUGAGUUGCUUACCUUUGUUUAUGUUCUACAUUCUUUGUGUUGUAUUACAACAUAUGUAGAAACAGUAACCUGUGAACUAUGCUUUUCAUAACUUUUUAAAAAAUAUCUAAAUGAAUGCAGUGUGCAUAAAUAUUUUUUAAAAAAUGCAAACAUGAACUAUUUGCACCUUUUUUGCUAAUGCCUCUAAUUACUUGCUUGGCAUAAAGAAUGAGCCAACCAACUCUGUGUCCUGUGGAAAAAUAUAUAAAUGUUGUUGGAAAUUGCUCAUAGAUGUAAUGCUAAUUAAUAUUAAAUCACAAAUAAACGGUAUUUUAAAUAGA